AUGCUGAGCUCCUUUUAUCAAUAUCUUACUUCUGGCGGUUCUAAUCACUCUGAGCCUGGUCUCCUUUCUCUUAUCGACGCUGAUGAGCCAGUCGACCACGGACUUUCCUGGCUUAAAUCUUCUAGCGAUGCAACAAAACGUCCAUGUUUUCAGCCCCAGACUUUAUUCACAGACAAGGAUCUCCAAACUCGCAUCCGACCCACAGAGACUGAAGAUGUGGUGCGGUCUGUUAUACAUCUUGUCGUUGCAGCUGCCAGGACCGCAAUUCCUGAGCUCGAAAUUUAUCCCUGCGCUGGAUCUGGUCCAUCCCUGUCUGCUGCUACGGCAUCAGCAACGUCUGCAGCUGAUGCUGUUGCACCCGAGCUGACAAAUUUAACUGAAAGCAUUUCAGCAUUGGCCACCAUCAGUGAAAUGACACUUAGCCUAGAUGAAAAGACAGCCAUAACGGUCGCUAGAGAGACAAUUCUCCAGUGUCAGUUGGAUCAACUAAUGGAGGAGAGCAAAUUUCUAGUAGACUCUUCAUUGAAUGAGCUAAUCAAGGCAAGUUUUUUUUAA